AAUACGUAGUUUGCCACUUUGCAGUUUUAACUCAAGUCACGGGAGUUAAAUCUUCAACAUCACUAGACCAGCUCGCCUCUUGUAACUCAGAACCGCAAAAAACAACAACUCUGUUCUUCAUUUUUUCUUUGGAAAAAAAAGAAAAACUGUGACAAAAAUUGCCAAAAAUAGUUUUCAACCAUGAACCAAAUUGUGUUCACAUUGUUCACGUCGCUCGUAUUAGUCGCGGCUUUGAUUGGUCACGUGAGUGGGCAAAAGAGGGGCGAAAAAGAAGACAAAGAUGACAUUCCUGAUGAUGAAAAGUGGAUGGUCACCAAGACAGUCUUUUUCGACAUCUCAAUUGACAUGAAUGAACCCAAGAGAGUGACUAUUGCUCUUUUCGGAGAUGCAGCUCCCAACACUGUCAACAACUUCGCAGCUCUGUCUAAAGGCAAUUACAGAGGCGACCCCAAAUUCGGCUUCAAGGGCACUAAGUUCCACAAGAUUGUGAAGGACUUUGUGAUCCAAGGGGGAGACAUCACGACCGAGGAUGGAAGUGGAGGCAAGAGCAUCUACGGACCCUCGUUCAACGACGAGCCAUUCUACCACUCACACGUGGGAACCGGAUACUUGUCCAUGGCCAACAGGGGACCAGAUACUAACGGAAGCCAGUUCUUCAUUCUUCUACAGAGAGCCAGAUGGUUGGACGGCAAACACGUUGUCUUCGGAAAGAUCAUCGAAGGAAUGGAACACAUUUUGGAAGUUGCCGAGCUAGAGACAACUGAGAAUGGCCAGAUGCCCAAAAAACUCGUCACCAUUGAAGACUCUGGUUUGAUCCGACACGACCCAUACGUCCUCCCAGAAGACCAGCGAUAAAAAACGAAUCUAACGAGAAAGAAAAAUAAACAGAGAAAAACAAGCAACUAAUGCAAAGAAUGAUUUCAAAUGCAGUUUCAAACACUACUUGAUUUUAAUGUCCUGGGAUGUCGAUACUAAUUUGAUCUACUUGUAAUUCCAAUUAAUUAAUAAUUUGUCUAUUCUUUACUACUGCUGUUAAUGUUAUGCUCCACUUGAAGCCUUAAUAAACUGUAUCCUUGUCCUAUAA